UAGCAAAUCCAAUAUGUCUGCCCCCAUAACGUAGAUUCUAUUUAACGUUAGACUUUAGUUUACUGUAAAUGCAAUGUUUGAGCAUUUGUUUGUGGUAACAGUUACAACAUUUCUGUGUUCCCUGUUCAUAUUUUACUUACUACGACGGAUUUUAAGAGAGACAGAGGUGACCAAUGACAGUGUUAGUGAAUUUUCUUCUUGCAUUAACCCUAACUGUGUAAGAUGUACUCUGUAUCGUCAAGUUACAGUGAGAGCGUGUCAGAGAUAUAAACAACUCUGUAAGUUUCAGACAGAAACACUAGAAUCAACACGCAGAGUAGAACAAUCUUUGCAGGUUCAUGGGUCAAAUGGACAAAUGCUGAAUGGCAGUGCCACAGAUCCUUUGGUUUUUCACCUGAAAGAUUUGAAAUUGGAAGCGGUUUACAGCCCGCAAUCAUGUCACCAAUUCGCAGAUGAUGUCAGACUGUUAGAAUAUAAUAAAGAAACAAUUUUUUCUGAUUUUCUGUUUGUGAGUAAGCCAAAGUAUCAGCACCUUUGGUCAAAGAAUAACACUCCAAAUGGACAGUGGUGUGUAUUUCAUCUCAUAAACCAGGGAAGGGUUGUGCAAGAUAAUGUUGCCAUAUGUGAAAAAACAUUUGGGAUAAUAACAAAAUUACAUAAUAUAAUGAACAGAAAUGUCUUUGGAAAUGUUUUGUUUUCUGUUGUCAACCCAGGAACGACAAUAUCAACACACUGUGGACCAACAAACAUCAGAAUCCGAUGUCAUUUAGGACUAAAAACUGUUGAUGAGUGUAUUCUAACAGUUUCUGGGAUGCAGAACAAGUGGCAGGUGGGAAAAUGUUUGUUGUUCAAUGAUUCUUUUCUCCAUGGAGUCAGUCACCAGGGUAGGGAGGAGGAGGGGUCUCGUUGUGUGCUUAUUGUGGACCUUUGGCAUCCAGAUAUCUCCUCUCAGGAGAGAAAUGCAAUAGACUUUAUAUUUUCUCCAGUUAAAAGGUUAACACAGUAAUAUGUAUGUUUACAUAUGUGAAAGUUGGAGAAAAAACUGAGUACUUAGAAUUGUGAACAACAAAUGUCACUUAUCAAAAAAUAAAAAAAUGUUUUUCAACAA